UGAGACUUGAGAGAAACUUCCAAAGUCAUAUUGAGUAGUACGAGACAAAAAUGUCAGAGGAAGGGGAGGAGAGGACACCAAUGGUGGAGAUCAACAAUCUCAGGUUCACGUAUCCCGGCAUCGAUGGCCAUCCUCCUCCCGGAUCAACCCCUCUGAUCGAAGACUUCUCUCUGUCUCUCCUUUCCGGCCAACGUUGCCUUCUCGUCGGUUCUAAUGGAGCUGGAAAAACAACGAUUCUUAAGAUACUGGGAGGGAAACACAUGGUGGAGCCUCACAUGGUUCGUGUUCUUGGCAGAUCCGCCUUCCACGACACCGCCUUGACGUCGUCGGGCGAUCUCUGUUAUCUCGGCGGAGAGUGGAAGCGAGAUGUUGCAUUUGCUGGCUUUGAGGUUCCCAUUCAAAUGGAUAUUUCUGCAGAGAAAAUGAUAUUUGGGGUUUCAGGUAUCGAUCCUCAAAGGAGAGCUGAACUCAUUAAGGUGUUAGAUGUUGACCUGUCAUGGAGAAUGCACAAAGCAUCUGAUGGUCAGAGAAGACGGGUACAAAUUUGUAUGGGUCUCCUCAAACCAUUUAAGGUUCUUCUUCUUGAUGAGAUAACAGUUGACCUUGAUGUGCUAGGAAGGGCUGACCUUUUGAAAUUCCUCAGAAAGGAAUGUGAAGAGCGAGGUGCUACAAUUAUAUAUGCAACCCAUAUAUUCGACGGUCUUGAGGAUUGGCCAUCACAUAUUGUUUAUGUUGCACAUGGGAAGUUACAAUUAGCAAUGCCAAUGCAAAAGGUUAAGGAGAUUAGCAGUUUGUCUCUUAUGAGAACCGUGGAGAGUUGGCUGAGGAAGGAGAGGGAUGAAGAGAGAAAGAGAAGGAAAGAAAGGAAGGCAAGUGGUUAUUCAGAAUUUGAAAAGCAAGUCGAGGGAAGUCGAGUGACUGGGGACCCUGCUCGUAGUGUUGCUCGUGCAAUGAACAAUGGUUGGGCGGCAGGGAGGCUUCACUCUACUGUAGCAGGUCAGGAGAAUUUCUUCUACAGCUCAAACAGCAUUCUGAGACAGUAGUGGCUUUAGCACAUAACAUAUCAAUCAGUAGACUGGUGUCAGUGGAGUUGCACCUGUUAGGAUCAAUUUGUUACUUACUGCUGAUGUCAUUGAAAAACUAUUCAAUAUUUUUUAUGUUGAGGAGAAUAAUUUGCAUCCACUGAUGGAUUGUUAAUUCUUAAGCCAUGUAAGUGGAUUUUGUCUGUCUUCUUUUUUUGUGUUAUGGGGGGUGGGUUACAAUAUGUAAGGUACUGGAAAAGUUGUAAUCAGCAACAGCUCUUGAAAGAAAACAGAUAUAUAGAUUUCUGUAUUGCUAGUAAUUCCAUUAAUGAGGGUUCCAGUUUUCUCAAUUUGUGUGAUGGAUCUAAUCUUGUCAAACAGUGUUUUGCACUAUGUGCCACAAAAAUCUCUUGGUUUAGAUUC